ACGUUUAGCUAGUAAAUGCAGAUCUGCCAAGACUCCAACCCAGUUCUUAAGAUACUUGUGUCUGGGCUCCUUCCGCUCUACCAAGCCACCUUUCAAAGGUCUACCUGAAAAUAACUAAUGAGCAGAAACUAUAGGGGGAAGGGGAAAAGACCCCUUAUCUUGGUGUUUCUUGCUUUUCCUCGCAGCCCCGCCCUUUUUGCUUCGAAGGGUGAGUUUUUCCUGAAUUCACAAUACUUUUGCAUUGAAGAUGUCGGGGGUCCCUUUAAGGUCUUGGGUGACGUAAUGACUAGCCCCGCCCUCUCUCUUCUCUCUUCUCAGCCCUGGCCAUUUUUUUUUUUUUUUUUUGUCCUCAACCAAUUAGCGGCCCGACGCCCUUUCCGCGCCUCAUCCGGGUUCCCGGGACUGGGAAAUUGGCCUGGUAACCAGGCAACUACUGAUCAAUCCCCUCCCCAGCUGAUUUGCGCAUCAGGUAGUCGCCGCUCUGCGCUCAACGGUGGCGAGUUUCAGUAGCCAAGUGCCCCGCCCCCGUUGCCAUAACAGCAGUACACAACCCCUCCUUCCCCUCGCCCGCUUGCUAAACAGUCCUUCCCUCUCGGGACCAAGGGCCUCUCCAGAGCUGCUUCUGAUUGAGCAGAAACAGGGAGGAGGACUGAGCUUAUCUGACUUCAGAGCUUUCAGGAGGGAAGAAAGAUGUCAGAUGAAGAUGAUCUAGAAGACUUUGAGCCAGACCAGGAUGAUUUUGAGAAAGAAGAGGACGAGAAGGAGACAGAGGAGGGGGAGGACUACAGAAAAGAGGGGGAAGAGUUCCCUGAGGAAGGACCUGACAGACAUCUACUUGCUGCGCUCCUACAUCCAUCUGCGCUAUGUGGAUGUUUCUGAGAAUCACCUGACAGACCUGUCGCCACUCAACUACCUCACCCACCUGCUCUGGCUCAAGGCUGAUGGCAAUCGGCUGCGAAGUGCCCAGCUGAAUGAACUGCCCUACCUGCAGAUUGCUAGUUUUGCUUAUAACCAGAUUACUGACACUGAAGGCAUCUCUCAUCCUCGUCUUGAAACCCUGAAUCUCAAAGGAAACAGAAUCCACAUGGUGACAGGUCUGGACCCCCAGAAGCUGAUCAGCCUGCACACAGUGGAGCUUCGGGGGAAUCAGCUGGAAAGCACGGUGGGGAUCAAUCUUCCUAAGCUGAAGAACCUCUACCUGGCCCAAAACCUGCUGAAGAAGGUGGAAGGCUUGGAGGACCUGAGCAAUCUCACCACCUUGCAUCUUCGAGACAACCAGAUUGACACUCUGAGUGGCUUCUCCAGGGAAAUGAAAUCAUUGCAGUACCUCAACCUGAGGGGCAACAUGGUGGCCAACCUGGGGGAGCUGGCCAAGCUUCGAGACCUGCCCAAGCUGCGAGCCUUGGUGCUGCUCGAUAACCCAUGCACGGAGGAAACCAACUACCGCCAGGAGGCCCUGGUGCAGAUGCCAUACCUCGAACGCCUGGACAAGGAAUUCUAUGAGGAGGAGGAACGGGCUGAGGCUGAUGAGAUUCGACAGAGUCUGAAGGAAGACAAGGAGAAGGAGCAGGAGCCUGAGCCCAAGCCUGACCUGGAACCGGAACAGUCAUUGAUCUAGCGGCAGUUCUAGCCUCUAAAGAUAGGAGUCUCCCUCAGUCUCCAGGCUGGAGUGCAAUGGCGUGAUGAUCUGGGCUCACUGCAAACUCCGUCUCCCGGGUUCAAGCAAUUCUCCUGCCUCAGCUUCCCGAGUAGCUGGGACUACAGGCGCAUGCCACCAGGCCUGGCUAAUUUUUGUAUUUUUAGCAGAAACGGGGUUUCACCACGUUAGCCAGGAUGGUCUCGAUCUCCUGACCUCGUGAUGUGCCCGCCUCAGCCUCCCAAAGUGCUGGGAUUACAGGCGUGAGGCACAGCGCCCGGUCCCUAUUUACUUCUGUGUUCUACCUCCAGGAGAUCAAAAACGCUGGCCUUCAGACCUGAUCGGACUCCCGGGGGGCCACCACAUUCAUACCUCCUAGGGCGAGGACAGAGGAUGCCUCUUUUUGCCCCAAAGCUGGAAAUUCAUCACAACCUGAGGCCCAGGAUCCGCUCUGUGCGGGUCCUCUGGGCAGUGUGGGGUGCAGAGUGGGGUGCCUAGACCUGAGCGCUGCCUGGAGCCUAGGCCGGGGGCCGCCCUCGGGCAGGUGUGGGUGGGAGCCAAGCCCGCGUGGGCCGCGGGGUGCUGGUAGGAGUGGUUGGAGAGACUUGCGGAGGCGGCUGGGGUGUUCGGAUUUCCAAUAAAGAGACAGUGUGAUG